UACAACGCUCAUCGUCGCACGCUUGUUGCUCAGAACAAGUAUCGUAAAUUAUACUCGAAAUUGACCUUCAUUGUGCAGAUUAAUUCCAGGCGAAUUUCGUGAAUCGGAAAGCAUAUUUGUUUAAAUUUUUUUCAUUUCGGUUUAAGUAAAAAUGUGAAUUUAAAGAGUGUUACUUUAUUUAAUUGUGUAUUAGUGUAUGAUUGGAUUUUCUACAGAAAAAUAUUAGUAACUGAUUGCUGCUUACCAAAACAUUAGGCAUUUAAAAUGAUUAUUUCCACUUUCUGCGUGUUGGCGCUGACGACGCUAGCGCGCGCGCUGCGCGUCGGCGUCGGGAUAGCGGACGUCACCGGCCCACCCGCAGAGAUCGCCUUUAUGGGUUAUGCUCACUUUCAACAAAUCGGUCAUGGCAUCCACUUACGGCAGUUUUCACGAGCAUUUGUGCUGGCUGAUGACACCGGGAACAGCUCACAGAGGAUCGUGUUCGUCACUGUGGAUGCUCCGAUGAUGGGCCACGGCGUUAGAAAAGAGAUAAUAAAGCGUCUCCAAAAGCGCUUCGGUGAUAUCUACAGCGAAAACAACGUUAUUAUAAGCGGGACUCAUACGCAUUCGACCCCGGGAGGGUUUCUCAUGGACUUCCUCUUCGACCUGCCUAUUCUUGGUUUUGUCAAGGAAACCUAUGUCAGUUACAUUGCUGGGAUAUUCAAGAGUAUAGUAAUGGCUCACAACACUUUGACGCCAGCGCGAAUGGAGUACGGCGAGGCAGAGCUACUGGACGCGAACAUAAACAGGUCACCCACCUCUUAUUUGCGGAAUCCACCUGAAGAGAGAGCUAAAUACAAAUAUGACACCGACAAAACGUUAUCUCAGGUUCGUUUCCUGGCGCCCGACAGCCGCAUCAUAGGGGUGAUCAACUGGUUCGCGGUGCACCCCACCAGCAUGAACAACACCAACAAGCUGAUAUCCUCGGACAACGUUGGCUAUGCUUCUGUCCUGAUGGAGAAAGCGUUGAAUGGCAACGGGGCAUAUCCUGGAAAGGGUCGCAUAGUCUGCGCGUUCGCGUCCACAAACCUCGGUGACGUGUCCCCCAACACUCGUGGUCCUCGUUGCAGCAUCUCCGGCAAAGUGUGCGACCAGGAGCAGCUGCUAUGCAAGCUACCUGGCGAGGAGUGCUUCGCAUCUGGCCCAGGGCGUGACAUGUUUGAGAGCACGCAGAUCAUCGCCACUAAGAUGUUUGAGACGGCUAUGAAAGUGCUGAAACAACCAGGAGAAGACCUGACGGGUCCAGUCGGCAUCGUACAUCAGUACGUGGAUAUGCCCAACCAGACCGCGAAACCAUAUGAUCCUGUUACAGAAACCUUUAACGCCAGUGCAACGGUAUCCGGGUGUCUCCCGGCCAUGGGUUACAGCUUCGCGGCGGGCACGACGGACGGGCCGGGCGCCUUCGACUUCAAGCAAGGCACCACCACCAGCAACCCGCUGUGGAACGCCGUGCGGGACUUCAUCGCGGAGCCCACGGACGAAGACGUUAAGUGUCAGGCGCCGAAGCCCAUCCUGCUGGCUACGGGACGGGCAAAAUUCCCCUACGAGUGGCAACCCAAAAUAGUGUCGUGUAGUGUUGCUCGCAUCGGCGGCUUGUUCCUGGCCGCCGUGCCGGGCGAGUUCACCACCAUGUCGGGGCGGCGCCUGCGGCGAGUCGUGCAGCGGGUCGCGGGCGGGGGGAGGGUGGUGUUGGCUGGCCUGUCAAAUAUCUACUCGGAUUAUAUUGCCACGCCUGAGGAGUAUCAGGCGCAACGGUAUGAAGCCGCUUCAACAAUUUUUGGCCCGCAUACGCUUGACAUCUACCUCAAUAAAUAUGUAGAGCUAACUGAAGCUUUGGUCAAGGGUGUGACACUGGAGCCGGGUCCGCAGCCGCCGGACUUCGGCGACCAGCUCAUCACACUCGUCCCGCCCGUGCUGUGGGACGCCGCGCCCUGGGGCAAGGAGUUCGGAGACUGCACAAAACAACCACAGACAGAAUACAGCUAUGGAGAUAUUGUCACCGCACUUUUUGUAUCUGGUCAUCCCCGCAACAACAUUCGCCACGGAAGCUGGUAUGCGACGGUGGAGAGACUCGAGUCUGAAGCAGACGACGCCUGGACGGUAGUUGCCACAGACGCCGAUUGGGAGACCAAAUACAUCUGGCACCGCAACAACAAGGUGCUGGGCACCAGCCACUCGGAAGUCCUGUGGCACGUCCCCGACGGCACGCCGCCCGGCACUUACCGCCUGCAUCACUACGGCAGCUACAAGUACAUCCUCGGCGGUAUCUACCCCUACCACGGCUUUUCUAACAGCUUCGAAGUCAGAUAGCUGCCGGUGCUCAAUAGUCGAUUUUAAAUUCUCAUUUUUUUAUUAUUGUACAUCGUACAGUCAUUCCCGUGUCUUAUGUCGAAAUCAAAGAGUUAUAAAUUGUAGAAGAGAGAUUGUAAUCUACUAAAUGUCUGUAUGUUUGACAGCCGACGUAGAUGGCGCUAUAAGGCUGCAUAUAUUUUGUAGUAAAUGUAGUAAUUCAACUACCAAACGUCAAUUUCUCUGCUAGAGUUAUCGCAUAAUGCACGAACCGUAUAGCAUCAUUUAGAUUUGCUGUCAAAUUCGAAGCAUUGAUUUUUUUAUUAGACUAGUCACUUUACACACACAUACAAUUGAUACAAUCAAUGAGUCUUUGGUAGAAAUGCAGUCAUAUAAAUAAGUGGCAUGGGAGUUAUGUGUUUAACUAUGACAAUUGCUAUACAAUAAAUCAAUAUGUUAAAUACAAGCAAAUACCAAAGCAGAUGUAAGUCGUAAAUUUAAUUGUGUUUGUAUAGGUAAUGCUAUACAGGUGUCCUUAAUAGCCAUUGGACAAACCCUGAAAUGCCACGUAAGGUUACUUUUCAGGAAUGCUCUAACGUUAAUUUUUUUUUAUUAGAAUAAAAGAAAAAAAUAAUUUUCAAACAAAAGUUAUUUCCAAUAAUUGAGAACAAAAAUAGACAUAGUGUAUUCAUUUAAUAAUAGGCAGUGCUUUUAACAAUUUGUUCGAAAAUGUGCGGCAAUGAUGACAUUUGUCAAAAAACACAACAAAUAUUAUAAGUGUCAUAAAUAAAAAAGAUAAUCAAAAAGGUCGAAGAAGGUUUCAUACUAUACUAUUUAUUACGCUCAGGACUCUCAGGAGCAGCUCAGGAGCUACUAACACAUACAUUGCUGCUCCAAAGUAAAAAAUUGUAAUUUGUUAAUUUCUUUUUAACCGCUACACCGGUUGUUAUGAUACUUUGUAUACUGGUUCUAAAUACCGUAAUGCAUAUGUACAUUUCGGCUGUGUCCAAUGGCUAGGGACAUCCUGUAUAAGAAUAUAUCACUUAGGGAAGGGCCAAUGUUAUCGACCUACCCGGGUAACUAAUAUAUAAUUGUUUCUGACAUUGAAUAAUAAAAUGGAUAGAUAUAUUAUACCUAAAUAUACAUUCGUAUAACCAAGUAUAACCAUCCCUGGGGAUGGAGUAAGAUCUGACAUAUGUAUUUAGGGCUUCUUACCUACCACAUGCAUAUUAAAUUCCUCUCUUUUUUAGGGUUCCGUACCCAGAGGGUAAAAACGGUACCCUAUUACUAAGACUUCUCUGGCCGUCCGUCUGUCUGUCUGUCACCAGGCUGUAUUGUAUAUCAUGAACCGUCAUAGCUAUACAAUUGAAAUCUUCACAGAUGAUGAUGUAUUUUUGUUGCCGCUAUAACAACAAAUACUAAAAAGUACGAAACCCUCGGUGGGCGAGUCCGACUCGCACUUUCCGGUUUUUGUUUUUCGUUCGUUCCCGCUAAACGGCAUUAAUACUAAACCCAUCGAAAACUAAUCUAAUCGAGAAUACUUAGAAUUAGUUUAAUUAACUUAGUUCUUUUAAGUUAAAUGUUGUAAUUAUAUGUAUUGUAUGUGACAACGUAUGGAUAACAUUAAAAAGCUUUACAUGAAAAAUAAUACAAUAGAAAAUAGACCUACUUUGAUAAUUUGUAUAAUACAACAUUCAAUAGCAAUAUGGCAAUUUGCAUACACAAUGACCAUUUUUAAUUGCUUUUAUAUUGCACAGAUUAUAUAAUAUGCAAUCCUAAAUGUCUAAGGUAUAAUGUCUAAUAUCUAACAUACAUAAUAACAUGUUUUCGCAAAACGAGGGAUGUUGUUACAAGUUUAAGAUGUGUAUAUGUAUGUGUACCAUAUUUGUGGCAUCGUAGCACCCAAACGCAUGACCAGAAUUUAGUGCGGUUUGAAACAAAUGUCUUGUCUGUCGUGAUAUUAGAACCGCAUAUUAGAUUAUUAACCUUUCAUCUGUGGGAGACCCGAAUCGGCGUCAGUUUUUGCGGCAAUUUUAAAUUCAAAAUUUGAACUUCAAGGUCACUAUUUAAAUAGCACAUCUAUGACAACCCACAGAUGAAAGGUUAAGGAGCCCUAAGGGCGUCCGCUAGCUGGCGUGGUUGCACGGAGCGAGUGAGCGGGAUUAACGAAAAAUAGUAUCAGCAACGGUAGCUCGCGCGGACCCAUGUAACGGAUUUUACCUACAAUACAAUAGCACCUGCGUGCGUGCGCCCGCUCCGUACACCCGCGCCAGCUAGCGGAACUCCUAACUAGCGGACACCCUAACAAAUAUCAAAGGUUGAUUCCAUCCGUCAGAAAAAACUUGCCACUAGUUGAUUUGUGUUUUUCUUAUACCGUUAUGUUUAAAAUAAUACCUACAGGGUGGAACACCUUCACAGACUUUUCGAAAUAUUAUAUGUAUAUAUAAUUAUAUAUUAUUUAAGUAAGUGUUAUUGUGUACCUACAUUCAGUCGAUCAUUAAAUUGUGUAA